UAACACUGUACACUUUGCCGCCUUAAAUUGUGAACUGUAAUGGCUAGAAUUCAAAUUGAUUUUUAACAGCUUGAGAUAAAUAAUUCUAUGACAUAACUGCGUAUGUGUAAAAUUUAUUUUUGUAUAUUGUAAUAAAAAUUAUCAGUUAAAAGCGAAGAAAGAAAAGAUGCUACUUUUGGAGCAAAGACUGUGCAAUGCAGUUGAAUCCAUUGUGAAUCAAAAUAAAUUCAUUGCAAAUGGCUGUAAGCUUCAAGUACUGCGAACUUUUACCGAUAAGCCGGAAUGUAAGGCCGAGGGGAAACUGCCAAGGAAGUUGAGCCUGAAGAAUGUUAAUGUAUCCGGGAAGCGUGUCUUUAUGCGGGUCGACUUCAAUGUGCCCAUGAAGGAUGGCAAAAUAACGAACAAUCAACGGAUUCUGGCCGCGUUGCCAACCAUUCAUCAUGUGCUGGAGCAGAAUUGUAGAUCUGUGGUACUCGCUUCGCACUUGGGGCGUCCAGAUGGUAAGAAGAACAAGGAAUUCUCAUUGUUACCUGUGGCAAGGGAGCUGGAAAAGGUGCUGGAGUGGCCAGUCUGCUUUAUAGACGACUGUGUUGGAGAACUUGCAGUGGAAGCUGCCGAGAAUCCACCUAAGGGAGCCGUUAUGCUGCUGGAGAAUCUUCGUUUUUAUCCAGAGGAAACGGGCAGCUUCAAGGAUGAGAAGGGAAACAAGGUUAAAGCUGAUCCGGAAAAGAUUAAAGACUACCGUUGCAAGCUAUCCAAAUUGGGAGACAUCUAUGUCAAUGAUGCCUUUGGGACAGCUCAUCGUGCCCACAGCUCUAUGAUGGGCGAGGGAUACGAAGUCCGUGCUGCUGGCUUUCUGCUGGACAAGGAAUUGGAAUACUUUGCCAAGGCGCUGGACAACCCAAAGAAACCAUUUCUGGCUAUAUUAGGUGGCGCCAAGAUUGCGGACAAGAUACCGCUGAUAAACAAUUUGUUGAACAAGGUCGAUCAGAUGAUUGUGGCUGGUGGCAUGGCCUUCACAUUCCUCAAGAUCAUCAACAGCAUGGAGAUUGGCAAAUCAUUGUACGAUGAGAAGGGCGCCAAAUUAAUCAACGAUCUCAUGAACAAGGCCAAGGAGAAAAAUGUCCAAAUAAUGUUACCCAUUGACUUUAAAUGCGCCCAAAAGAUCGACAAAGAUCCCGGCGAGAUCAAGAUGGCUGAUAUAAAGCAAGGCAUACCCAAGGAUUUUAUGGGUCUCGAUAUUGGUGCGAAAACCAUUGAAGAAUACAACGCAGCCAUUGUAAAGGCCAAGACUAUCGUGUGGAAUGGACCACCCGGUCUCUUUGAGAAUGAGAAAUUCGCUGAUGGCACCAAGGCCAUGCUGGAGGCUAUUAUUUGUGCCACAAGCCGAGGCGCCACCACAAUUGUGGGCGGUGGAGAUACGGCUACUGCUUGUAAGAAUUUCGGAGGCACUGAUCAAGUCUCCCAUGUCUCCACUGGCGGUGGCGCUGCUUUGGAGUUACUCGAGGGCAAAAAUCUACCCGGAGUCGCCGCCUUGUCAGAUGCCAAGUGAUAAAUUACUGAAUCAUCAAUUAAAAUUUUAUUCGGUUGGUACUUUUA